AUGGUUGAGGAUGCGAUUGCAUCAAGACUCGAUUCCAGUCUUCUGAGCACAGAAUGGACCACCACUCCAAGGCCUCUGCCUUCAUCGCCAAGUUCUCCCGAGGUCAGGCUGUUGGAGUAUCACACCGACCACAUGAUACUCGUGCCUUGGAAUCUACGUACGGGCUGGUCAGCUCCAACUCUAAAACCAUACGGCCCGAUUCCCAUUCCGCCAUCUGCUUCAGCUCUGCACUACGCUACGGAAUGUUUCGAGGGCAUGAAGGUGCAUCGUGGCCAGGACGGCCGUCUGCGACUGUUCCGGCCUCGCGAAAACUGCGAGCGAAUGCGACGCUCAGCAGCCCGAGUAGCACUGCCAGAUUUCGAGGCCGCAGAGCUAGAGAAGCUGAUCAUCGCCCUCUGCGCACAUGAAGCCCCGAAAUGGCUGCCGAAGGAGGGAGGAGAAUCUGCGUUGUACAUUCGACCAACACUGAUCGGAACGGAUGCUGCUCUGGCCACGAUACGACCUCGUUCGGCGAUGCUAUUCAUCAUCUUGGCAGUCUUUCCAAGAGCUACUAUCCCCAACCCCCCACGUAGAGUCGUGAAGUUGCUGACUUCUUCAAAUGACCAAAUUCGCGCGUGGCCUGGAGGUUUCGGGAAUUGCAAGAUCGGUGCUAACUACGGACCUGGACUGCCAUUGCAUGAUGAGGCAAAGUUGCAUGGAUGCGAUCAGAUUCUCUGGCUAUUCGGACCUAACAGACUGGUUACGGAGGCGGGGGCUAGCAACUUCUUCUGUGUUCUUAGGCUGGACGAGAAGACGUGGGAGCUCGUGACUCCACCUCUAGUGGACGAUGGUGGUAGUGGAUUGAUUCUGCCUGGUGUCACGCGCGCGAGUAUUCUGGAGCUAGCACGUGAGAGAUUGCAGGAUGCCGUUGCAGGAGCUGUAGAACGUAUAGAGAUUGCUGAACGGAAGUUGACGAUGACACAACUGUCCGAGUCGCAUAUCAUCGAGGCUUUUGCCGUCGGUACUGCGGUCUCCGUCACGCCCGUUGCUGCAAUUCGACACGAGGGACGAGAUAUCGAGAUCAACUGUGAGCCCGUGAAGGGAAUUUUAUGCUCCCAAAUACUCAAGGACUGGUUGGUAGGCAUCAUGAACGGCAAGGAAGACCACCACAAAUGGGUGGCCGUGAUAGAUGAAGAUUAA